AUGUGUUAAAUCGUAAAGGAGAUUCUGCAGAAUUUGGACGCCAGCGUCUUUUCGGGACCGCAAGUUAUGGGAUUGCCAUAGCCACUCUUGGAUUUAUGACAGAUAGAUUGAAUUCACUUUACAUCAUAUUUUUUGCAUAUGCAAUAUUCAUGGGGAUGCUUUUAUUAGUUCUGUACCUAACACCUCAGAAGGAUUUUAAGAUAGACCAUCAUGAUGAACUAAUUACAGAUAAUAUAGACCUCGACCAAUUUGGACGUACGUCAAAUGAAAUCACCACACAAAUUGUAGAUAAAAAUAUCAUGGAAACGACGCCACCUUUCAUGGAAUC